AUGAACAAACAAGUUCCCGAAUGCCUCCGUCAGGUGAUCGCCGCCCUCGACAUCAUCUUUCUCUUCAUCUACCUCGCCGCCUCGCACCUCCCCUUCAUCUACAGCUCAUGGAACUACAAGAAGGGCAUAAUAAUCAGGCGAGAUAUUUGGAUAGCCACCACUGUCCUGGCCAUAUCGACGAUUCGGAUGGUGGGGAUGAUAUGUUUCAUCAUGUACUAUGUCCUGGGUGGGAGGAGUUCCGGUGUGUAUAGCGUCAGUCUCGGCCUGAGAGUCAUGCUCGCUUUGACAAUUAGUCCCCUUGAUGCUAGGGUGACGAGAUGGGCCUUCAAGACGCUCAAAUGGGUGAGGAGGAGGAAGGAAUGCUUAGAGUCGGGGCCUCAGCAGCCUUCCACCAACACAGAGACUCAUCAGCCUUCGGCCGACCCGGAGCCCAUGGACCCCAUCCCCCGAAGCCAGCAAGUACUUGUCGCCGUCAAUCCCAACGGCGAACUCCUAUCGGAAACAGACGGGAGUUCUCUUCAUGUGUUCCUGGUCACCAUGUACUGGACUGUCCUUAUCGUCAUCUUCAUAGCAGCCACGGUCUGCUCCGGACUCGUCAUGUCCAAAUCACAACAGCACGAUCUGUACAGGUUUCACGCCUCCAUGAUCUGGUUGCUGCCGCCCAUAUUUCUGAUGUUCAACAGAUGCUUCUCCUCCGCUGGACGUCCCAGUCCAGCGAACCCCAGCCUGGUGCGCCCUGAUGGCUGGUACUCGUGGAUGAUAGGGACUAUGGUGGGGGUCGAGAUAUUUCUAUUCUCGUAUGGCUUCAAUUGCAAAUUGAGAAAGGAGGCCAUUACCGAUAUGACCGAUUUCUGGACUCAGUUCGCAGGUGUAAUGCUUGGUUGGGGUGGAUGA